AGUAUUCCGUGGAAAAACAUUUAGCGACCCUCUCUCUCUCUCUCUCUCUUCUAUCUGAUAUAUCGGUUUUUGACUUUUUUUUUUCUAAACAGACAAUGCCUACGCAUCUUGAUCUGUUCAGUUUAAAGACCCUUAUUAUCGACAAUUACGACUCGUACACUUUUAAUUUACUGCAAUUAUGUGAUAAUCAGGCCAAUGUCGUUGUCAUUCGUAACGAUCAGGUUACAUGGACCCAGUUUAAGCAAGAUAUCCUUCCACAUUUCCACAACAUCAUCAUAUCUCCAGGUCCCGGACGACCUGAACGUACCUCUGAUUUCGGAAUAUGCACUCCGCUUCUUGAAGCGCAAUUGGAUCCUGCACAAUCUCAGUAUCACCGACCCAUUUUCGGAAUCUGUUUGGGUCAUCAAGGCAUUGCCCAUAUUCUAGGGGCAAAAGUCACCUAUGCAUCUCGCAUCAUGCAUGGUCGUAUGUCGCAAAUUCACGUCACUGAAACUCAAAAUUCUGUAUUUGCCAAUUGCUCUUUGCCGUUCUGGGCUGUGCGGUAUCACUCUUUGGUCGUUGAUCCAGCAUCACUUCCCGAAUCGCUCAAGAUAACAGCCUACUGUUACGAAAACGACGAUGAUGUAGAAGCGUUGCGUAAUUCGAAAUACCUGGCCGAUGGUUGUUCGGAUAAUGCUCAGGACGAUGAUCGGCAUCAUUUUUUGCAACGACCGCUCUCGCUGAAUCCUGAUGGUACUACGACAAAUAAUGGCCAUGGCUCAAGCGUUCGUAUGACCGUAAUGGGUUUUCAGCAUACAACGUUGCCAUUGUGGGGUGUACAGUUCCAUCCUGAAUCAGUAUCGACCGAACAUGGCGUACGGAUGAUGCGUAAUUUUGCCAUAGAAUCCAUGAAAUGGUAUCAGCAGAGAACCGAUGUACACAUUUCGUUCAGCGUUCCAUUGGACCCUGCAGUACGUGCCAUGUCAUGCACAACUACACCAACCACUACUACUGCUGCUGCUGCUGCUGGUGAUCAUGAGCAUGAACAAAUAUCAAGUAGCCUAGCAACCCAUCGACUACUGACAAGAAAAAUGUCUGUGUGGGUGGACGCAGAACAUGUGCUGGGGCAAAUGAAUAACACGAAUACUGUGGGUUGGCUUGACAGUAGUCGGAAAGGAUCCAGUUAUUCCAACAUGUCAGUAUUGUCUAUCGAUCCAGCAUUCACCAUGGUCUACUCGACUCUUCAUCGACGCAUCACGUUCCAAAAUCGAAGCGGCAAUGCUGAAUGGGCUGUUGAACUCACUGCAAACCAAGACUACUUUACGUACAUUUCCGAUCUCUUGUCUCAAUUUCAGCUGGAAGAGGAGAACAAAUCAUCAGAAGCAGCAGCAACGUUCUGUGGUGGUAUCAUUGGCUACUUUGGCUAUGAAAUGAAACGCGAAAGCUUGGCAGGAUAUGUUACGCCCAUCGAACAACAGUGCCAGCAACAUCCCGAUGCUAAUCACUGUCGAUGCAUGCGUGAGCCUGACGCAGGCUUCCAAUUCGUUGACCGCUUUUGGAAAUUCGAUCAUGCAACACAAACAAUUGAGGCGUGCUGCUUGGUCAAACUCACUACUGCUGGUGGAAUCGGUGGCCAUCCAUACAACGACGUUGGAUUUGCAACUGAGGAGCAAGCUCAGUCUUGGCUAGACGAGGCAACACAAGCUGUUACCAAGGCAGCAACAGUAUCCAUGACACAAGACGAUUCCAUGGAAACAAACACAGUGUCACAGCAAAUUGAUCAAGAGUCGCUUUUUACGCCAGACAUGCAACACAAACACUAUGUUCACGCUAUUGAUCGAUGUAUCCAUGAAAUCGGCCAAGGUGAAUCGUACGAGCUAUGCUUGACCACACGAUUCCGCUGCAACCAAAACCAGCUGAGCAAGCGAUCCAACGAUUUGACGCGAUUGUAUACCCACUAUCUACGCAAGAACAACCCAGCGCCGUAUUCUGCCUUGUUGCGUUUCCCUGUCUGCGGCAUGACGCUGUUGAGCUCGAGUCCUGAACGGUUCUUGAGCGUAUCCACGGCGGGUGUUGCAGAAAUGAAGCCGAUCAAGGGCACAGUGGGCCGUGCCUUGGCAUGUGCGUGCAAAGAUGAGACCUGUGAUGGAUUUUGCUAUAUCGACGAAGACGAGCAACGGAAGCAAACUUUAUGGCAAGAUGUCAAGGAACGAGCCGAAAAUCUUAUGAUUGUCGAUUUGAUUCGAAACGAUCUUGCUCAAGUAUGUGAUCCCAGCACUGUUCGUGUCCCCAAACUCAUGCACGUCGAGACAUAUGAAAAAGUACACCAUCUUGUAUCCACGGUACGUGGCACGCUAUUACCGAACGUCAAUAGCGUGCAGACGGUUCGGAAAUGCUUCCCACCAGGUUCAAUGACAGGUGCACCCAAACUUCGCUCUGUGCAGUUACUAGAUCAAUUGGAACAACAUCGACCGCGUGGCGCUUAUUCUGGCUGUCUUGGUUACUUUUCACUGAACGGCAGCGCUGAUUUCAACGUUGUGAUUCGAACAGCUGUGGUGACUGACGAUCCAUCUCAGGAAGGAGGAGUGGAAGUUUCUGUCGGUGGUGGUGGAGCCAUUACGUUCUUGUCAGAUGCUGAACAAGAAUGGAAAGAGACGCUAUUGAAAACAAGAAGCGUUGCACCGAGCAUCAAGGAAUACCUUGCGCACUGCUAAACCGAGAUUCCCGUCGUACGUACACCAUAGAUGUUCUUCUUUUGAAUAUAAACACCCUUUUCUUGCAUAUUUUCUUUUCUUGCCCUUCAAACAUUCACACACACACACGCAUUAUAUAUACAAA